AUGCAACAACCCAGAAGAAGUGGCGUAGCAGGGCCCAGCAUAAACCGUAGAGUGAGGGAGGCAGAGAAUUACCUCAGGCGAAUCAACAGGGAGGAGCAACCCGAAACCCAGGAGAGAAUAGAUUACUUAAAAGCCCCGCCUCGGCGAGAUCUGAGGGAAAUAGAGACCGGAGCCGGGAUGAUCCGGACAGUAGGGUUUAGACUAAAACAGCAAUGCCACGGAGACAGGGGAAGGGUAUAUCCGAAGAAAUAA